UGGGUGUGGCGGUUAUCCCAUCAAUGAAUAUAAUUAACUUGUUGCUGUUUACCGGAUUUUUCUGCUGGGAGCAUUUAUUCAAGCCUUAGCUAAAGAAACGUUAGAAAAGAUGGCAAACAAGGAAGAAGCUACCGUCCCCGAGGUGAAGGAGCCCAGUUCUGAAGAGAAGGACACGAUUGAUCCCAUCAAGAAGUCUGAGCAAGAGCUUAUGAGUCGUUAUCCUAAGCACCUUCAGCCAAAACAGAAAAGUGUCGCUCAGCGUAAAAUAUCAUCUGGAGGCGUCCAGUACUUUGACUCUGGCGAUUACAAUGCUGCUGCUCACAAAAAGGAGAAACAGAAGAUGCUGGAUCUGCCAGGAAGACCAGCGAUAAAUCCGGCCAUGGCUCGACUUCAGGGAAGACCACCAAGCAAACUGACAGCACCAAAGAGUGGACUAGCAAGUGUAGCAAGAUCUGAACAGUAGAAGGACUCACUCUCUCUCAAUCUCUCUCAUCUCUCCUCUCUCUCUUCCUGUGUAUCAUUUAUAGAGAAAUUAGUACUGACAUGCAUGCACUGGCUCAAUAAUGUUGUCUUUGAUCUUCUAGUUUUGCUGUUAAAUUUAUUAUAUUUUUUUCUUUACUUUUUGACUUUACGUUUUUCUUUCUCACUCUCACUCUCUUUCCGUUCUUUUUCUUUUCUUUUUCUUUUCUCUUUAAAAAUCCAGAGACAAUGCUAAUAUUAUUAUUAUUAUUAUUAUCAUUAUUAUUAUUAGUUCUUAAUUGUUCAUUACAUUUUUGUGUUUUUUUGCCGGUUUUGUCUUGUAGAUUAUUAUUAUCAUAAUUUAUUAUUAUUAUUAUUAUUAUUAU